ACCAUCAACUUUUAUAUUUGUCAUAGCAAUUAGAAUCAAAUUAAAAAGAGGAAUGGGAAGUCCAAGGAGACCGGAGCUGGUAUCACCGGGAAGAACCGAGCAGGGCGCACAACACGACCUCCACUGAUUUUUCUAAAUUGUUACAUUACUGGAAAAAAAUCCUAGGCUACUACGAGAUGUAUGAGUUGUUCAUUUUCGCCUUCUGUUGUAUCCAUGAACUGCUCAUCUUGGUGAUUUGUGAAGUGCUCAUCAGCUACGUAGUUUAUGAAUAGGUCAUCAUGAUCUGUGAGUUGUUCAUCGCCUAUGCAAUUUAAGAACUGCUCGGAUUUAUGAAUUGCUCACCUUCAGCCAUGUAAUUCAAGAAGGAUUUGCCAUGCUUUGCAACUAAAAUUGCCACUCGGCAAACAUAAUUUGUCAUGAAAAACAUUUAAUUUGUCAUACUCAUCUCUGUGAACACACACAUACUUUAUCCCUAUUAGCACAUCUGAGAUUGCACUAUCAUGUCCUGCAUGACGGCCUAUGUAAGUAAUGGUUGGAAGAAUUUUCUUUAAUUAAGACUCCCUUCGAUCCAUAAUAAAUGUCGCAGCUUUGAACUAAGGCCGUGUUCUGAGUGGAGGGAUAGAAAAAACAUAGGAAUAUAAACCUGUGAAGGAAUUGGGUUGCAUGUAGCUUGAAAACCUUUGUGAUACUCAAAUAGAGGAUCGGCUAAAACUGAGGUGUUCGGGUCAUGGGAUAAAAUCCAAAGAAAAAGCUAAUUGUUGGUACCCACCAAGUUGUAGGCAAACACCAGCACUAGGGCGCAGCUAGUACCUUUCUUUCUCACAUACAACAUUUUAUUUGGGGUACUUCUGCUUUUCCUCGGGCAUCCGCCAACAAAUGAGUUUGGAGUAGAUUUUUUUUCCUUCGGAAUAAACACAAGAAGCCAGCAUUUCUUUUGGAAUACUGUACUGCUAUCCGACAAUGCGAACACUUCAAAGGAAAAGCAUUCAGCAGGAAUUCUUGCGUGUAAAAAUCCUGCAAAAUUCCUGUGAAACGAACGGGCCUAAGGUUAUAUAUUUUUUUAAGAUCGUGUAAAAUGGCGUGCAUGUCUAGCAGUGAGAGUCUUUGGACUCAUACAGCCCAGUAAAAAGCCCAGAUAACUGCAAAAAGAAAAAAAAUCCCGCAGCAUCCAUCAUCCAUCCAUCUCGUCGCCCCGCACCAAACCAAACCCUCACCGGCUCGCCGCGACCCACCGCCGGCGCGGAUGGGAGCACCCAACGCCGGCGCUCUCGCCGCUUAUCCCUAAGAAGUCCGCGCGCCACGCAUCUGAUUAGCCGCUCGUUUCCUCCCAGGAGAUGGCGACGGGAUCCAUGGAGGCGGCCCUCAUGAGCGAUCCGACGAUCAAGCUCCCAGACGACCUCCUGGUCGAGGUCAUCUCGCGCGUGCCCUACAAGUCCACCUGCUGCUGUAAGUGCGUCUCCACGCGCUGGCGGGACCUCAUCACCCACCCCGACCACCGCGAGAAGCUUCCCCAGUCGACCCUCACCGGCUUCUUCUACAAAACCUACGGCAUGGGCCGCGAUCCACGGUGUCCACAUGUUUACCAAAGCGUCUCGGGGAGCUGGUGCCCUCUUGACGCCUCACUCUCGUUCCUACCUGAAUGCAAGGAGCUCGACAUCUUGGAUUGCUGCAACGGCCUCCUCCUCUGCCGACGCCGGACUGCCCCCAAGGCGUUGGAUGACCCUGGGACGUUGGAGUACGUGGUGUGCAAUCCUGCUACUGAGAAGUGGGUAUCGGUGCCCGCCACCGAGUAUUCCUUGUUCGUGAACGAUGCUCGCCUGGGAUUCGACCCGUCCGUCUCCUCCCACUUCCAUGUGUUCGAGUUGGUAACUGCCGUGGCUUUGAAUCUGAAUAAUAAGUAUGAUUAUUGCAUCGAAGAGGUGGGGAUAUACUCUUCCAAAGCUGGUGGUUGGACGCAUCAAAUUGUUUGGGACAAUCCAAUUGAGAUACUCUGCUUAUCAGGUGGCGCAUUUUUCAACGGAGUGUUGUAUUUACGUUCUGAUAGUGAUACAGUUGCAGCCAUCGACGUGCAGGGUAAUUAUAGGAUCAUUCCUAUUCCUACUUCACCUGAUGCUCGUGGUGUUCCUAAUGUUUAUGUAUCACGGGGACAAUUGUAUCUCACAGAUCAUGGUUCUUCUGAACUGUCAAUCUGGGUUCUUGAAGAUUCUAUUAGUGAAAAUUGUUGGACAUUGAAGCUCAAAGUCAGCUACAUGCAACUGGUCGGAGUAGAGUAUUCAAGCGCCGGGGAACAUUAUGGUGUUAUCUCAGCCCACCCAGAAGACAAUGUGAUGUUCAUAACUGUAGAAUCUGCAUCGAGGAUCUUUCCGCAGAUGAAAUUAUUUUCAUACGAAAUGGAUUCGAGGGAGCCGCGGUUCAUAUGUGAUCUUGGACGGAAUUCAAGGUGCCCUUAUCUUCCAUAUGUUCCUUUGUUCUCGGAGUCAUUGGCGGACGGGCACUAAAUGUUUGUGUAUUGAAGCCUUCACAAUUGUCCAUCUUACUGAUGAUGAUAGUGAACUUAGAUCUUGAAUAUGAGUAAUCUGGGUAAGUUGUGAUAAGCUGUUGGUGCUUGACUGAAGUCAUGUACCUAACAUUAUGCUGCGAGCUAUUCAGUCAACUUCUCUGUUAAUCAUGGAUACGUGACCGUUAUAUAUAGAUACGGCAUGUACCUGUUGGUGCUUGAGUGAUGUACUCCCUCCGUAAACUAAUAUAAGAGCGUUUAGAUCACUACUUUAGUAGUCUAAACGCUCUUAUAUUAGUUUACAGAGGAAGUAUAUAACAGUACUCUGCCCGUGUUUGUGUAGUGUUAUAUAUAUAUUGGAACUAUUAUGAAUAUUUUAAUAUCUGCAUUCUGGUCUCUGUUAUUUCUCUAUUGGGUAUACCAACUUUUAUUUGCGGCAGUACAUGAUAACAUGAAUGGUUAUGUUGUUGUUCUUAAUCUGUCCUAUAAUCUAUCUUGUUGUUUGGGUGGACCUGGAAUGGCCAGGGCUGCUGUUGCAUUUCCACGGAGAUUCAGUUGUCUUUGGUAUUUCAUUUAUGUGCACUAUUUUCAUGUCUGCUGAAGCCGAGAUUCAGUUUUCUGAUAUAUGAACUGCUGUUUCCAUGCAAGUGCUUUUUUGCCUUUCUGGUUUUGAUUGUGUUCGUGUCACCUUCAGUGGUCUCAAAGCACGGUUCCUCCAGAUGCAAGUUCUAACAGACGAGUUGCCCGCUUCAUUCAUGGGGACUGGGGUUGCAGAUUUAUCAACACAAAAACUUCUUAUUGUUUGUUCCAUACCGUAAUUUUGAUUGUUUGUCAAAUGAUAUAUAUCUGGAGAACGUUCAGAUUGAAGGCAAUAUGGUCUGCACAUUUGAGUCAGUUCUAGAUGAAGAGUGAGAUUUGGCAUGCGUUGUGCACCAGGAUAUGUGGUUGGUAUGUGUAGUGGAUGGCAUUUGUGUUGAUUUGUUCAAUUCAUGAGCAAAAAUUGUCUGAUGGUUUCUUGCUGCGAUCCAAUCUUCAACGCUUGUACCUGAACAUUUUUUAAGAGUUUAAUGUAAUUAAAAACAGUGUUCGUUGAAUUUUAAAAAAUGUAACUAUAAAAUUAUUUAUGUAUUAAAAA